AUGACCGACUUCGCUCGCGAUAAGGCGCCUGCCCUGCCCGAGCCUCAAGCCGCGGCCCAGAGCACCAACCACGAGGAGCCAAUAGACGCGGACAACAUCGAGAGCGAUUUCAUCGAGAAGGACUUCAUCGAGGGUUCGCAGAAUGGAUCGUUUCCGGGUGGUGAUAACCGUGACCCGGAAAAGGGAGAAAGGGGAGAUGGAGAGAAGAGGCCGGACGUGAACCGUUUGGCCAGUCAUGCGACAAACACAAGUGUUGGUACACAGGUUACUGAGUCGCCGGUCGAGAAGAAACCAUGGUACAAGAACGUAAAUCCUUUGCGAUGGGGUGCUGUGCCUCCAGUACCGGAGACAAGAAGUCCUUCGAGGGAACAUACCGCUGGCUUCUUUAGUUUGAUAUAUUUCCAGUGGAUGGCACCAUUAAUGGCAGUUGGUUACAAACGCCCGCUCGAACAAAAUGAUAUCUGGACGGUCAACCCAAAUCGGACUGCGAAGCUUAUGACCGACAAAUUACAAGCUUCCUUCAAAAAGAGAAAGGACCGAGGAGACAAAUAUCCGUUAAUAUGGGCGUUGCAUGAAACUUUCAAAUUCGAAUUCUGGAUUGGUGGGACAUGUCAAUUUUUCGCGAAUAUUCUUCAGGUUGUCUCACCAUAUACGCUUCGGUACCUUAUUCAGUUUGCCACAGAUGCAUACGUCGCACAGCGAAGUGGACAGCCAGCACCGCACAUUGGUCGAGGAAUCGGCUUGGUUAUAGGUAUCACAUUCAUGCAGAUGCUUCAGAGUCUGGGAACAAAUCACUUUAUUUAUCGCGGAAUGAUGGUUGGAGGAGAGGCAAGAGCAGUGCUGAUCUCCGUCAUCUUCGAAAAGGCCAUGAGCAUAUCUGGUCGAGCAAAGGCGGGUGGUCGUGCAAUUGAAGGUGCAGCUGAAGCGAGCAAGGAAGAGGAGACCAAGAUCGACCCGAAGAAGGCGAAGAAGUCAAAAAAAGGAGUUAAGAAUGUACUUAAUCCUGCGAAAGGUGUCGCGGGUGAUGGAACUGGCUGGGCUAACGGCAGAGUGGUCAAUUUGAUGUCCGUUGAUACAUAUCGUGUCGACCAAGCGUCAGGUCUCUUCCACAUGGUGUGGACAGCUCCGAUCGCCUGCAUCAUUACCUUGAUUCUGUUAAUUGUCAACUUGACAUAUAGUGCACUAGCCGGUUUUGCACUACUUGUUAUUGGAUUACCCCUCCUUACGAAGGCCGUUAAGUCCUUGUUUGCUCGGAGAAAAGUUAUCAACAAAAUUACUGAUCAGCGGGUCAGCCUAACGCAGGAGAUUUUACAAGCUGUGAGAUUCGUCAAGUACUUUGGCUGGGAAAGCGCUUUCCUUCAAAGACUUGGUCAGAUUCGAGACCGUGAGGUAUCCGCUAUUCAGGUUUUAUUGACCAUCAGAAAUGCCAUCAACGCGGUCUCGAUGUCGUUGCCUAUCUUUGCCUCGAUGCUGGCAUUUGUUACAUACUCCUUAACGAAUCAUGACUUGAAUCCGGCCCAUGUCUUUUCUUCGCUUGCACUCUUCAACUCACUGCGGAUACCCCUGAACCUGUUGCCAUUAGUCAUUGGACAGGUCACAGAUGCUUGGUCGUCUGUUUAUCGAAUCCAGGAGUAUUUACUGAGCGAGGAACAAGAGGAUGAGGCAAAACCCGAUGAAAAUGCCAAGAAUGCAGUGGAAAUGGAUCACGCUGACUUCACCUGGGAACGAACUGCCACACAAGAUCCCGAUAGCAUUCCAGUUGGUGCAAAACAGUCCAAGGAGGCAAUCAAGAUUGAAAAGGCACGGAAGAAGACGUUGAAGGAUGAGGAGAAAGCUGCUGAAAAGUCAGCCAGUCCUGAUGCCAUCUCGUCUGGAAACAGCACGCCAGACGACGCUACUACACUCACAGAAGACAGGGAACCAUUUAAAUUGCAAAACAUAAAUUUCUCGAUCGGACGUAAUGAGUUGGUAGCUGUCAUUGGUGGAGUGGGUAGCGGAAAGAGUAGUCUUUUGGCUGCACUGGCUGGUGAUAUGCGUCGAACUAAGGGAGAUCUAACAAUCGGCGCCAGCAGAGCAUUCUGUCCGCAAUACGCAUGGAUUCAAAAUACCACCGUGAGAGAAAACAUAUUGUUUGGCAAGGAAAUGGACAAGGAAUGGUACAAUAACGUCAUUGAUGCCUGCGCUUUGCAAGCGGAUUUAAAUAUGCUGCCCCAAGGAGAUGCUACCGAGAUUGGAGAACGUGGUAUUACCGUUUCCGGAGGACAGAAGCAGCGAUUGAAUAUUGCACGUGCUAUCUAUUUUGAUGCUGAUUUGAUCCUUAUGGACGAUCCUCUCUCCGCUGUUGAUGCGCAUGUUGGUCGACACAUCUUUGACAACGCGAUUUUAGGUUUAUUGAAGAACAAAUCUAGAAUUCUCGCAACUCAUCAACUUUGGGUUCUCAACCGAUGUGACCGCAUCAUUUGGAUGGAUGAAGGACAUAUCCAAGCUAUCGAUACGUUUGAUAACCUCAUGGAGAACCACCCGGGAUUCCGCUUGCUGAUGGAGACUACUGCCGUCGAGGAGAAGCAAGAAGAGGAAGAGCAUGUCAAUGAUGAUGAGAUUGAGGAUGAGAAGAAAUCUCAAAAGAAAAAACGUAAGCGAGGAGUCGCUUUGAUGCAAGCGGAAGAACGAGCAGUUAAGAGUGUACCGUGGUCGGUUUAUGUCGAUUACAUCCGUGCGUCAGGGUCGAUCCUGAAUGCACCAAUUGUUCUCUUGUUUCUGCUUCUCUCACAAGCUGCGAACAUUGGUACCUCACUCUGGUUAUCUUGGUGGACAAGUGAUAAAUUUGGAUAUUCGAAAGGUCUUUACAUUGGAGUUUAUGGUGCGCUAGGCGCAUCACAGGCACUUGCGCUUUUUGCAUUUUCCUUGGCCCUGACAUUGUAUGGCACCUUCUCCAGCAAGACCAUGUUGAACAGGGCCAUCACGCGUGCUCUCAGAGCGCCGAUGUCUUUCUUCGAUACCACGCCACUAGGUCGCAUCACCAAUCGAUUCUCGAGAGAUGUCGAUGUUAUGGACAAUAACUUGACAGAUGCCAUGAGAAUGUACUUCCUCACUUUGGCCAUGAUUUUAUCUGUCUUUGGCUUGAUCAUUGCCUAUUUUCACUAUUUCGCUAUCGCACUUGGACCACUCUUCCUCCUCUUUCUCUUCUCUGCCGGAUACUACAGAGCAUCCGCUCGAGAAAUGAAACGAUUCGAGUCCGUCCUUCGAUCACACGUUUUUGCAAAGUUUAGCGAGGGCCUAUCUGGCACCGCGUGCAUCCGAGCAUACGGAUUGAAAGACAGAUUCGUUGUCAAUAUUCGAGAUGCCAUUGAUGAAAUGAAUAGCGCUUACUUCCUCACAUUCGCAAACCAACGUUGGUUAUCAACAAGACUGGAUAUCAUCGGUAAUUUACUCGUCUUUGUUACGGGUAUCCUAGUCGUUACAUCACGUUUCAACGUCGACCCAUCUAUCGCUGGACUUGUUCUCAGUUACAUCUUGUCAAUCGUUCAAAUGAUCCAAUUCACAGUCAGACAGUUAGCAGAAGUCGAAAAUGGCAUGAAUGCCACCGAAAGACUCCACUAUUAUGGUACUCAGCUCGAAGAGGAAGCGCCAUUGACAACCAUUGAAGUCCGAAAAUCCUGGCCUGAAUCUGGAGAAAUCAUAUUCGAUAAUGUACAAAUGCGUUAUCGAGCAAAUCUCCCAUUAGUUCUCUCCGGUCUCACAAUGCACGUCAAAGGUGGCGAGCGCAUCGGAAUUGUCGGUCGAACAGGUGCAGGAAAAUCCUCCAUCAUGUCCACACUCUUCCGUCUCGUCGAGCUCUCCGCCGGCUCAAUCACCAUCGACGGUCUUGACAUCAGCACCAUCGGCCUCCAAGACCUUCGCUCCCGUCUCGCCAUCAUCCCACAAGACCCAACUCUCUUCAAAGGCACCAUCCGCACCAACCUCGACCCCUUCAACGAACACACCGAUCUGGAACUCUGGUCGGCCCUCCGCCAAUCCGACCUCAUCUCCGACACGGCAGCCCUCGACGACAAAACCCCCGGCCGCAUCCACCUCGACGGCAUCGUCGAAGACGAAGGCCUCAAUUUCUCCCUCGGCCAACGCCAGCUCAUGGCCCUCGCCCGCGCCCUCGUCCGCGGCUCCCAGAUCAUCGUCUGUGACGAGGCGACGUCGAGCGUCGAUAUGGAAACGGACGAGAAGAUCCAACGUACUAUCGCUACGGGGUUUAAGGGAAAGACCCUUCUUUGUAUCGCGCAUCGUCUGAAGACGAUUGUGAAUUAUGAUCGCAUCUGUGUUAUGGAUAAGGGGUUGAUUGCGGAGCUGGAUACGCCGUGGAGACUUUAUGAACAGGGGGGCAUUUUUAGGGGGAUGUGUGAUAGAGGGGGGAUUAGGAGGGAGGAUUUCGUGGGGCCAAAGGAAGAGUAG